AUGGCCGACAGCAAUGGCUCCAGACCGGAUGAUGGCACCUUUUGGGCUCCGGGAACGCUACGACUAGAGGAUUUGACGGGGCCCGCAACGGACGUCAUCCUCCACCCAGUGCCUAGCACCGAACCAGAUGACCCCUUGAACUGGAGCAAAUUGCGCAAGACCAUCAACUUCGGCUUGACCGGCUUCUUCGUCCUUUGGACGUUUGUACAGCUCCAGAGCGGCACGACUUCGUGGGGCCAAAUUGCACCUGAACUGGGCUUCACCAACGAUCAGCUGAACAAUGGCGGCGCUAUGAGCUGUGCUGGGCUUGCAGUCGGUUGCAUGAUCUUCAUGCCCUUCGUACACAAGUACGGACGAAGACCUCUGUAUCUGCUCAGCUCUGCGCUCCAGUUGAGUGGGGUGUUGUGGCAGACCCAGAUGGCAAACUAUGGUGACUAUAUGGGCAGCAACUUCCUUGCUGGACUGGGCGGUGCUAUUAGCGAGGCUGUCAUCCAGAUCACCAUUGCUGAUUUGUUCUUCGUCCACCAACACGGAACUAUGAACGCAUGGUACCUCGUCUUCACGUCCGUGGGUGCCUCCCUCGGCCCGGUAGCCGCCGGCUUCGUUGUGGAGUCGCAGGGCUGGAGGUGGAUCUGGUGGUGGUGCACCAUCUUCCUCGGUCUGAACUUUGUCCUCGUCCUAUUCUUUUUCGAAGAGUCAAAGUAUGUGCCCAUUCUGAAUGGUCAGAGUGUGCCACACACGGCUGGCUCGGAUGGACUCGAAGACGGCCGUCCCGACUCAGGGCUGCAAAAGGCCACAGAAGGCAAAGGCGACGCAAAGCACACCGCCAUGGAGCGCAUACAAUCCCGAAUCGACACCUCCUUACCACGGAAGACUUAUCGUCAGCGCAUGGCCAUUGUCACUCCUUCCAAGCAACGCAUCGGCCACCACUUCUACCAGCCAAUCGUUGUCUUGUUCACUUUCCCUGCCGUGGCCUUUGCUGCACUUACGUAUGGAACCCUGCUGGCAUGCAUGGCAUUGAUGAGCUCAUUACAGGCCGUCUACCUGUUGCAACCACCAUACAACUUUGGAGCCUCUGGCGUUGGACUCAUGAACAUCGCCCCGUUCGUUGGCACGUUCUUCGGAUUCUUCGCGGGUGGUUUCCUGAACGACAGAUCGAUCAUGUACUUCGCCAGGCGGAAUGGAGGCAUUUACGAACCAGAGAUGCGCCUGUGGAUCACUCUUAUCUCAGCAAUCCUGCUCCCGGGCGGUAUCCUGAUGUUUGGGCUAGCCUUAGCCAGGGGUCUGCACUGGAUGAUAUUGGCCGUAGGAUUCGGGCUGUUCGGCUUCACAUUUGUCCUAGCUAGUGGCGUCGCGCUAUCAUACGUGACAGAUUGCUAUCAAGAGAUCCUCGGAGAUGCUAUGAUAGGCAUCGUCUUUGUCCGGAACCUGUUCGCCGUCGUCAUCCUCUUCGCGCUCACGCCGUGGACGAACGACAUGGGUAUACAGAAUGUCUCCAUCAUCACGGCGGCUGUCUGCUUUGCGAUCUUGCUGAUCCCCAUUCCCCUGCUACUGUGGGGCAAGAAGAUCAGGGUUGCGACGGCGAAGAAAUACAAGCGCAUGGCAAUGCGACAACCAGCCCAUAGAACACUUGAGUAG